AUGGCUUGGUUUUUAUGUCAAUGGUUCGAAGCAAUUCUAGCCAAACUGGCAAUAAUGCCCUAUCAAACAGGAUUGAUCCAAGUUGGAGACCCAUCAAGAGCUUAUUUUUGCUGGUGGACGAGAGAAAGAUCAGAAAUGUUGAUAGUAAAAGAUAAGAAUGAGAUCUGGGCACUGUAUAUUUCAAGUUGCUUCCUUUGGCAUUAUAUUUAUUCUGCAAUGUUUGCCCCGAUUAUUGUUGGAGUUGAGAGACUGUGUGCUACUUACUAUAUUCAAGAUUAUGAAAAUAUCCGAAGACGUCAUAUCCCAAUUCUCUUGAUCCUAGUCACCAAUAUAAUCACAAUUCCCUAUGCUUACUUCGUUAUCAACAAUCAAAUUCCAUUCUUGGUCGCUUACGCACAAUGUGUCUUGAACGCUUCUAUUGUGUUUUUUGGAUAUCUAAUCAGUUGGAAAAUAAAUGUAAUUUGGAGAAAUCGAAUGGAUGCGGAACGAAUUGAGGAUCACAGUAGAUAUUCCUUAGCAAGGAAAUUUCAAGUUGGGGAGAAUAUUCGAUACCUUUUGCUCGCCAGAAGACUAGUUAUUGCAGUCGUUAUCUAUUUAUCCAUCUCUUUGAUAAUUUUGGCGUUUCUAGUUUUUGGAGCUGUUCAAGGAUACGAUAUACUAUUUGUAUACGUUCUGGAUAACGUGAUACUAUCAGCUGCUCUAGUUGUAUCCUUUACAUGGAUCUUUUGCUCAUCUUCAUGGAAAGAAGCAUUUCUGAAAGGGAUUCCGUGUCUUCGUCGAUUCAGAAAACGUUCGGUCACUCGACCCAGAUUCACACCAAAUCUAUCGGAAGUUCCAGAAGGAGAAGUCUAUUUUAUACAGUUGAAAAAUGCAUGGGUUUGA